AUGCAAUCGUGCAGUGUGUCUGUCGCUGUUGCUGCCUGCGCUGCUGUUCGGAGUCUCGGCUCAGCUUCUGAUGGUGGUGGUGAUGAGGAAAAGAAAAUGGCGGCGGGAAAAGCGAGUGAAACAGAGGAGGACUUUCCUACACUGACAGCCCAGGAAAGGGACAGUUUGGCCGGGAUUGACAGCUCACUAUUUGGAUUUCAGAAGCUUCAUGAAGAUGGCGCCAGAACGAAGGCCCUGUUGAUGAAGGCUGUCCGCUGCUACGAUUCGCUUAUCCUCAAGGCGGAGGGAAAAGUGGAGCCUGAGGUGUUUUGCCAACUAGGCCACUUCAACCUCCUCUUGGAGGACUACCCAAAAGCAUUAUCGGCAUACCAGAGGUACUACAGUUUACAGUCAGACUACUGGAAGAAUGCUGCCUUUCUGUAUGGUCUGGGAAUGGUCUACUUCCACUACAACGCCUUUCAGUGGGCGAUCAAAGCAUUCCAGGAAGUGUUGUACAUAGAUCCAGGAUUUUCCCGAGCCAAGGAGAUCCACCUUCGACUGGGUCUCAUGUUUAAAGUCAACACAGACUACGAGUCAAGCCUAAAGCAUUUUCAGCUAGCUUUGAUUGACUCCAAUCCCUGCACUUUGUCCAAAGCUGAAAUUCAGUUCCACAUUGCUCAUUUAUAUGAGAUUCAGAAGAGAUAUCGGGCUGCCAAGGAGGCCUAUGAAAGCCUCCUGCAGACAGAGGAUCUUCCUGCACAGGUGAAAGCCACUACUCUGCAACAGCUUGGCUGGAUGCAUCACACAGUGGAGCAGCUCGGGGACAAAGCCAGUAGGGAUAGUUAUGCUAUCCAGUGUUUGCAGAAAUCUCUGGAGGCAGAUCCCAACUCUGGACAGUCAUGGUACUUCCUGGGCAGGUGCUACUCUAGUAUUGGAAAGGUCCAGGAUGCCUUCAUCUCCUAUCGGCAAUCCAUCGAUAAAUCUGAGGCCAGCGCAGAUACUUGGUGCUCUAUAGGGGUGCUGUAUCAGCAGCAGAACCAGCCCAUGGAUGCGCUGCAGGCCUACAUUUGUGCUGUGCAGCUGGACCACAGCCAUGCCGCCGCCUGGAUGGACCUGGGCACGCUGUACGAGUCGUGCAACCAGCCGCAUGACGCCAUCAAGUGCUACAUCAACGCCACGCGCAGCAAGGCAUGCACCAAUGCCACCAUGUUGACCCACCGAAUAAAAUGCCUGCAGGCUCAGUUGAGUAACCCCCAGCUCAGUAGCCCACAGAGUAAAACUAAAAUGCUCCCUCUUAUUGAGGAGGCAUGGAGUCUACCAAUCCCGGCUGAGCUCACCUCUAGGCAGGGAGGCCUGAGCAGUGCGCCACAGCAGGCCUGUAAACCCAACCACGCUGCAGAAGGUGGCGGUUCAGGUCAGUCUCUGCCUCCUCACGUGGCCGCACUGGGCCAAGCAGACGACCAGUCUUGCCCAGCCAAAAGGAAGCGAGCUUCCAGCCCCGCCAAGGGAGAUUCCUGGGUUACUAAUCCAGUGCAGCAGGCCAUUCCUAACUGGUACCUCUCCCCACAGAAGAUGCAGUUAUUGGAACAGCUACGGAGUAAUCGAGCCAGCUUGAAACCUCCACAGCUGCAGAUGUUGGAGCAGCUGGAAACUCAGUUCACCAUGAUGCAGCAGCAUCAGAUGCGGCAGAAUACAUCAGGAGGUCAGGUGCGCCCCUCCUUCCCCAAUGGCCCCACUGCCAAUUGCCUCCCAUCCCCUAAUCCCAGCCUGCAUCCCACGCGGCCCCAUCUGGGACCUCAUCGGCCACUGUGCCCCCCUCAACCUUUGGCCAAUGGGCCUGUGGGUUUUGGGGCACACAGACACUCAGAUUCAGUCUCCCUUCCUGUGGAGGACAAUAGUAGUAACAGUAGUAGUAGUAAUAAUAAUAAUAAUCAGUUGGCCCCGGGGCCCAAUAGAGAUGUGCCUUAUCUUCAACCUGCCGGCAGCGGCAACGCAGCACUGCUACCUCACACCUGCACAAGCACGCAAACACAGGACGCCACGCCACACCCUCUGCACCUUAACUCCUCUCAGGUGCUGCAGAAGCGAUCCGUUCCUCUUGCGGGCUCCAAUACUGAGGGAACCACCUCUCACCCGCAUCCCCCCAGUUCCAUUGCUCCCCCACAGUCCAACAAUCAGGUUGGGCAUUCCAACGCGGCAACGCCACAGCAACAGCCAGCGCACAACCAUCUACCAUCCCCUCCCUCUCUUGCCCCUUCCUCUACCUCAAGUGGGGCAGCACCCAAUGUGUCCGCUACCAAAGAUGGCAACACUGCAGCCACCCUUGUGACCGCAUCCCUUGGCAAUGGCAGUUCUGAGGGCAGGGGGCCUUCGCCAUUGACAUCAGCAGACGGCAAAGUGGCGAAGUCUGACAGCCUGGCUUAUAAUAGCCACCUGGGGGAAGAGGGCAAGGCGGCAGAAGGUGGUGAAAAGCAGAGCCUUAGCGCAGACAAUCCAAGACUAUCUGCCCUGCUGGCAGGGGAGGUGGAGGGGGGUGAGGGAAAGCCAAAAGGGACUGUAUCGACGACAUCUCCCAACAAAGUCAACAACAUCCACCCUGUGGGCUUGCCCUCAACCCCCAACACACAGGGAAGCUCAGCUGCCUCCUCGCCUGUCUCUGUCAUAUCCACGGCCACACCCUCGCCUAAAUGUUUGGAACACACACAGACAGGCAGCCAUAGUCCCGCCACACCUAUAGCAACCGCACCGGCUGUCAAUGGUAACGGCAAAGGGGGAAUCUCCGAGGACUCUCAGAGCCCCAUCAAGGCUGAACCACCUGCUGUCACUGGUCUCAAGGCCACACCACCCCAUGGCUCGUCUUCAUCGUCGUCGUCGUCUUCAUCAUCGUCGGUAUCAAUCUACCCCAGCUCCACAGACGUGCUGAAGGCCUGCAGAAAUCUGGGCAAGAAUGGGCUUUCCAAUAGCAGCAUCCUUCUCGACAAGUGCCCGCCGCCACGGCUGCCCCCUCCUCCUUCGCCAGCCCUGCCCAAAGACAAGCUCAAUCCACCAACUCCCAGCAUAUAUCUGGAAAACAAGAGAGAUGCUUUCUUUCCACCAUUGCACCAGUUCUGCACAAAUCCCUCCAAUCCUGUCACUGUCAUCAGAGGACUGGCUGGAGCACUCAAACUGGACCUGGGCCUUUUCUCCACAAAGACGUUGGUUGAGGCCAACCCAGAGCAUUUGGUGGAAGUGUGGACCCAGUUGUCGCAACCUGCGGAUGAGAACUGGGAUGUGACGGGCACUAAGAAAAUGUGGCGUUGCGAAAGUGCUCGAGCUCAUACAACCAUCGCCAAGUACGCGCAAUAUCAGGCUGCUUCUUUCCAGGAGUCUCUGCGGGAGGAAAAUGAAAAAAAGGCACUCAAAGAACCCUGUGACGCAGAGCCAGCUGCAGAGAGUGUUGUGCGCAAAAGAAGAGGACCCUUAAAGCACAUCAAGUUCGGAACAAACAUCGACGUGUCAGACGAAAGGAAGUGGAAGCAGCAGCUCCAGGAACUUAGUAAACUGCCAGCGUUUGCUCGUGUUGUAUCGGCUGGCAACCUGCUCAGCCACGUGGGCCACACCAUACUGGGAAUGAACACUGUUCAGUUGUACAUGAAGGUCCCGGGGAGCCGAAUAGCAGGUCACCAGGAGCACAACAAUUUCUGCGCAGUAAACAUCAACAUUGGGCCUGGAGACUGUGAAUGGUUUGCUGUACCAGAAGCCUACUGGGGUGUGAUGAGCAACUUCUGUGAAAAGAACAAUAUCAACUUUCUGAUGGGCUCAUGGUGGCCAAACUUGGAAGACCUGUAUGAAGCUGAUGUGCCCGUGUACCGCUUCAUCCAGCGCCCUGGUGACCUGGUAUGGCUCAAUACGGGCACUGUCCACUGGGUGCAGGCCAUUGGCUGGUGCAACAACAUUGCCUGGAAUGUUGGACCCCUUACAGCCCAUCAGUACAAGUUGGCAGUGGAGCGUUAUGAGUGGAAUAAGCUCCAAAGUGUGAAAUCCAUGGUUCCUAUGGUGCACCUGUCUUGGAACAUGGCACGUAACAUUAAAGUGUCUGAUCACAAGUUGUUUGAGAUGAUCAAGUACUGUUUGCUGCGGACGCUGAAGCAGUGCCAGUGGGUGAAGGAAGCAUUAGCGACAGCUGGCAAAGAAACAGUUCUGAGGAACAGAACUAGAGAUGAACCGGCCCACUACUGCACCAUCUGUGAGGUUGAGGUGUUCAAUCUGUUAUUUGUACGCCGUGAGCUCCUGUCCAAGAAGCAGUAUGUGGUCCACUGCCAGGACUGUGCUCGCAAAGGCAGCGCCACACUGGAUGACUUUGUGGUUCUGGAGCAGCACAGGAUGGAGGACCUCAUGCAGGUCUACGAUCAGUUUGCAUUAGCCCCUCCUCCUCAUUCAUCUUCAUCUUGACAUUAGGAGACCCAUGACUUUUGGAGCGGAAACGUGAAGCCAAUUUGAAAAAAAACACAUCUAUGUACACGGACCCCUUUCUGAUAUUCAGGAACGCCAAGGCCGUCUCUACACCUUUGCCACCACCCCUCUCCCCGCAUGGACGGCUGGAGGCUGAGGCUACUGCGUGUGUCUGUCUAUGCAACCUAUUUGGUCCACCCCCCUCCCCCCAAAAUGGGGGCAGCACCAAGAUUGCUCACAGGACUGUUUCUUCCUCUACCCUCUCAACCCUCUUUAAUGACAGCGGCUCAGCCCAUUUCAGUGGAAGACUUAAUCAAAAAUGGUUUGGAGCAGGAAUAUGGGGGGGGGGGGGGGGGGGUCUAGUGUUUCUUUUAAUGCGUGAUGAAAUGUUUUGUAGAUAUUUAACUGUUCAUACCUGGCUAUACCACCCUUAAAAGACUACUGACUUGACCACCUUAUUGCCCCCCUUUUUCUCACUCUCUUCUGCAUCGAGGCUUUGGCUUUUGAUUUUUAACAAUUUCCCUUGAAUGUCUUCUUUUUUUCCUAAGGGGCAGUAGCCUGCUCUUUGUCUAUGCUAUUUUGAGACUCGGUAUGUUCCCAAAUUUUUUAAUGUGAUUUUGUUUUCUUUCUCAGCUUUUGUUUUGUCUUGUUCUUUUCCAACUGUUUUUCUUAGGUAAGUAAAAAAAGGAAAAAAUCUAGUAGAAAAAUCUAAAAUAUACUAGCCAAGUCACAAAGAAAAUGGGUUGCACAUAGACUUAUGAAAUAAAGUUUAAUUUGUGAUUGUUUUGUUGUUUCUAAUCUUGAUGUAAAUUUACACUAUUUAUAAAUACAUAUUUAUUGCUUGAAAAUAUUUGUUGAUGGAAUGCUGUUAUUUUUUUCCAGAGUACCUGCCAUUAAAUUUGAAGGGGUUUUGUCAUUUUAACACAACUCCUCUUACAUUUUCUAUAUAUAAAUAAAAUUGCUUAGCAAGCAUUGUACAGAAACAAACAUUUAAAUUUGUUUUAUUGUUUGAAGAAUGUUUUAUGAGUCAAUAAACACAAAGUUGUCAAAUCA